GACUAACAGCCGGUUUCCGAAACGUUAUUCAAAUCUUCGAUCAUCUAAUCGAGCUGUUAGAUUUGAUCAACUGUUAACCAGUGACGAGUUUCUCAAACGUCGAUCAUCUUAAAAUUAUAUGAUCGUAGAAAAUCGAUUAUCUGACAUACGAUUUGGUAUCGAUACUGUCACAAUCGGCUGUCAUCCUUCAAAAUUUCAUUUUAUAACCAAAAAAUUUCAAUCCAUAGUAAAUAACUACAUAAUUUAUAUAAUUAAAAAAUAUAUUAAAAAUGAGCAAUACAAACGGAAAUCCUCCACGCAAAAAUUAUACUGAGAGAGAGAGAGAGAGAAAUGUUUGCUGUUGGAAAUAAUUGGAAAGUAAGUACGAAAUUUUCUAACUUACAGAACAAAUUUCUAAUUGUAUUUUUGUUUUCAGAUACAAGCAUAUUAAAUUGAAAACAAAUAAUGUACCAAUGCUAUGUCCACCAACCAAAACAAUGAAACCUGGGAAAAAUAGCGCUGAAUUUCCCAGAACUCCCAAGCAGCUGAACACUGCAUAUAUAAACUUAAAAAGGGUCACUAGCCAAAAAGUAGCAGAGGAAAAUAUUCAAAAAUAUAAUGAGCAGAAGGUUUUGGACCAGUUGAAGAGAGACCAAACUGCGGACAAAAAAGACAUACUUGCAACAGGUGGUGGCACAUUUAGGCCUCGUCUCACAGAUGUAGGGGCACAAAUGUUGAGUUUGAUUGGCAAUCAAAUCCAACCUUUACCCAACAGUUGUGACAGUGCAUCUGGUUUCUUCACAUCUGUUGCACAAGACAGUCAAGUGGAAGUAGAUUACCUACAAUUGGAAGACACAUAGCAGACAUCCAAUGUACCCUCUACUUCCACUGUGCUGCUCAGUACAUCCACGACAACUGCUGUCCUGCCCAAGAAGACAGCCAAGAUGUCUCAGGCUCGUUCAAAAAAUAAAAAAGUAAAAGAUGUAGGGAGCGAAACCCUUAAUGUAUCUUUUACAAAAAAAAUUGAAACAGCAAGACUAGAAAAAAUAAGUAAGAUAGUAUUUUUCAACAAGAAAAAAAGAAAUUUUAGAAGUAGAGCUUCAAAUAAAAAAAUUCGAUGUCAAUAAAUUAUUCGGUAAUAGUGGUUAGGUAUGUACCUAAUAAAGUAAUUUUAAAUAAAAAUUGUAAUUUCUUUAAAUAAUAAAAUUAAUAAAAAAUG